AUGGAACUAUGCAAGCUCAACCAGAGAAAUGGGAGCACGCCCCAUGAAGCGACAUACAAUGGCAUGACACGCUCAGUCCACCGAGGUACAUCAAUCGGCACGUCGUCACAGCCCUCAUCGGUACCGGAGAACUACGAGGCCCUCACUUCGCCCCGUGGUCCGCCGCGCAAGAGACGACGCGUCGAUAGCUGUGGUAAUCCCAAGAUUGAGCUCGCGGUGCCUCUAGAAGACAUCCUUGAGGAUUCUUCGGGUCUUCCCGCACCUGAACUCAUGGAAGGUAUCGUGACUGCGUAUUUUGACAAUAUCCAGCCAUGGAUCCCUAUACUUCAUGAAACAAGAUUUCGGGCUCGAAUUCAUGAUUCAGAGCAGCGCCCGCGAUUGGUAAUCAUUUUGCACGCCAUUGUCGUGGCGGCUAUUCGCCUUGCAAGGCCAGAGGUGCAUGGUCUCUCUGUGAUUGAUGUGGAGGCACAGACCAGAAAGUCUAGGAGUAUUGUUGUUCUGAACGCGAUGGAUAAUCUCUCCGUGGAGAAUCUUCAAGCUUUGAUUAUUAUAGCUUUUGACGACAUCGGCAACGGGAACACCUCCAGGGCAUGGUCGAUCGUUGGCUCCCUGACCCGGACAGUGGAGUAUCUUCGUCUGAGCUUUGAAGAUGGAGAUGAAGAUACUCGGCGAGUCUUGAAGCCUCUUUUGUCUCUGCCGCCCUCGAGGGAGUGGGUUGAAGAAGAGGAGCGGCGGCGAGUCUUCUGGAACAUCUUCAACCUUGACAGGUUCUGUUCGGUCAUUACAGGAUGGAAUACUAGUCUCACUGCUGACGACGUUCAUCGUCGAUUACCCGCCGAUGGCGGACUGUGGCAUCGAGAGGAGCAAGUGACAACGCCGUUCUUUGGAAUCUGGGAUCGAUCCGAGGCAAAGAUAGGAAACUCAAUUGCCUUCCUUCCUGCGCAAUAUUCGGCCAAUUCAAAGAGUCCCAAGUCCGCUCCUGACCCUAUAUCACCGCACCAUUCUCCCUUGGCAGCUCCGCAUGCUACAAAUAGCAACUCAACGCAGCCCGACAUGUCAACAGUUGGGGCUUUUGCCUACUGCAUUGAAGCGACGGAAUCUUUAAGCCGGGUGACCACGUUCUUCCUACAACAAAAAAUCAAUUUCCACGAUCGGCGAGAGGUCAGUAAUUGGUUGACGCGGUUCAAGGAACUUGAUUUACGACUGGUCCACUGGAAAAUGUUUCUCCCUCAGAAAUGGAGGGACUCCAAUAUCUCGCGUCAACCAACUUUGAUACACAUGGAUCCAAACCUGACCCUUACUCAUUUGACACACAAUACGUCCAUGAUCCUUUUGCACCAGCGCAUCGCAUAUCCACCAGCCGAGUGGGCCAACAUUGUCCGGCUUCCCAGCGCUUGCAGUGCGGAGACUUGCCAAAAUGCAGCGAUUGAGAUUCAAAACAUGACCGCCAAAUACCUGGACAACACACCGGACACAUCACCCGUGAGCAAUCAAUUUAUAUUUUGUGUAUUUGUUGCCGCGCGAGUCCUUCUGGUGCACUGGCGAUACUACGGGUCCGAACUUGCUCGAGAAACGUGGGAUCUGAUCGACAGCCUUGAUCAAAUGGCCCACCGCUGGCUAGGCGCCAAUAAAUCAGAUACCAUGCAGCGUGGUCGAUGUCUGGCAAGCACGUACGCAGACCAUUUGCGAGACCUACACCAACGCUGCAUUGCAGUGCCAAACUUCAGCGUCGACGUGUUGGGAUACUCCACCGCCAUAUCUAAUAACCAUAUCCUAUCUUCUACUCGAUCCGUUGCAUCUGGGCCUUCUCCCUCGGAAAUGCGCACACUCGAUCCUCGAUUUGCUCAACCUCGGCUUCCAGGCGCCGGUUCUUACGGACAAUCUCGCACAGAUGAAUCCCCAAUUCGUGCUGACUCGGCUUCUCGUCCCGGAUCGCAGUGGGGAAUGUCGCAGAAUCAUGACCGGCGCAGGUCAAUGCAAUCAGCAAAUGACUUCACCCCGCCUCAGAUCGGUCCUGAAUUUGGUGCAGCGGUCACCCCGGGCAUGGAUUACUCUGUGAAUUACCCCCAUCCAACUGAUGAGUUAUCGAAUAUCUCAUAUCUCUUGCUGGAUCAAAGAUUCAUGGACAUGGAUCGUGUGAUUAGUAUGGAUGAUAUGAUCUUUGCGACGAAUAUGCCCACAUCUGGUAAUAUUGCGCCCAGUUGA